AUUGAUGAGUACAGUCAUGUGUGUGUGUUAAGCACUUUCUAGUCCUUGGCCUUUCUUGUGAAAGAGGGAAUUUAUACAGGAAAAAAAAAUCUUGUGAAAAGGAUUUCAUUCCCAGCUGAUGAUGGAGGACACACAACAGGGGUUGAGAGCAUAAGGGUUAGAAGCCUUCUUUGUUUCAUACCAGAUUAACAGAAAUGUAAUGAUUCGUAAGAUGCUGAAUUCAACUGCAUUUCAACUGGCAGAGUAAGAAAAGGGAAAUUUUUUGAUGUAGAGGAGCUUCUGCAGCAGGUUUGGGGGAAGGGCAGAGCACUGCCACCGAAGCAGCAAUAUCCCCUAAAUCAGCUAUCGACUGGGAUUUCGUGACCGCCACAGAGAGAAGGGGCAGCAGAGCCUUCAAAAAAUAAGGCCCACACAAUGGCAUCUGACCAUGAUGGAGAAGACAUCCUGAAGCCUCUGAUCUUCCGUCUCCAUGAGAGCGUUCCUGAAGCAGUCCGUGAGGUCUUACUGGAACGUGGUUGGAGUGAAUUUGAUGAACAAGAGCAAGAUGAAGCAGACUGGAAUCUGUAUUGGCAGAACUCUCCUUUCCGUAUGACUGACCACCGAAGCAUUAAACCAUGGCAGAGGCUCAAUCACUAUCCAGAAACAGUGAGGAUCACAAGGAAAGACUAUCUGGCAAGGCAUCUGAAACGCAUGAAGGGAAUUUAUGGACCAUCUCUUUGUGAGUUUAGUCCAGUGGCAUUCAUCAUGCCUAAUGACUAUGUCAAGUUUAUAGCAGAGUACACCAAGGAGAGACAGUCACAGGGCAAAAAGCCAAGCUAUUGGAUUUGCAAGCCUGUAGAUUUGUCUCGUGGAAGGGGCAUACUCAUUUUCCAGGACAUUAAAGACUUUGUAUAUGAUUGCAUGGUCAUUGUGCAGAAGUACAUUAGUAACCCUUGGCUUAUUUCUGGGUACAAAUCAGAUCUCCGCCUCUAUGUCUGUGUCACCAGUUUUUGCCCCCUUACCAUUUACACUUAUGAUGAAGGGCUGGUGAGGUUUGCCACUGAAAAGUUUGACCUCAGUUCUCUGGACAACGUUUAUGCCCAUCUGACAAACACCAGCAUCAAUAAAUUUGGCGCCUCAUACAAAAAAAAUAAAGAAGGGAUCGGCCGUGGCUGCAAAUGGACUUUCAGCAAAUUUCGAUCUUACCUACGCAGCCAUGAGGUGGACGACCUGCUUCUGUGGCAGAGAAUAAACAACAUUGUAAUGCUGACCCUGCUUGCUAUAACCCCUUCUGUUCCAUUGACAUCCAAUUGCUUUGAGCUGUUUGGGUUCGACAUUCUGAUAGAUGACACAUUCAAACCAUGGCUUUUAGAAGUAAACUACAGCCCAGCCUUGCACCUAGACUGUUCCAUUGACACAACAGUGAAAAAAAGACUUCUCCAUGAUAUCAUUGAAUUGCUAAAUUAUAAGCAAACUGACACCUUGAGAGAAAACAAAGGGCCUGGCACUAAAACUUCAUAUGCUGGUAGAACACAUAUCCCCUUGAGGACACAGGAUGAAAAUGCAACAGAUGAUGCUCCCAAUAUCCUUGCUUCUAGGCAAGAGAGUGAAUGGACUGCCACUUCUGCAGUGCAGUCUCUCUUGGAGGUUGCAGGAGGUUCAUUUAAGAAGGAGGCCAUAGUGAUGGGGAAAAUGGCCAGAACACAUCCAAGGAAAACACUAACCUCACAGCUCCGGGAAAAGAUGAACAGGCCGAAAACAUCUUCACAAUCAAAUGCGGCGUCUAAAAGCAAACAGCUGCCAGGCGCUAGGCACCCUGCACAUGCAUCUGUCCAAGUCACCCACUGGUUGCCUACCACUGAGUUAUGUAGCUACAAAUUAACUAUUCCUCCAUAUUUUCUCUCCACUAAAGACAAAAGGCCCUUCCCUCGAGUAGGUGAUUUUGUCCUUAUAUUUCCUUUCAACGAUGCUGCACUUGAAGCCUCAAGAAAUGGAAUAGAUGUAAAAAGCAUCGUACAAGAAAUACACAAGUUAAUGAACAAACAGUCGCCCCCAGGACAGCAGAAAGUAAAGAAGAGAAAAGAUUAUUUAACUUUUAGAUAACUCAGUGGAUGUUAGGCUAUAAGCUGCCACACAAUGAAAGAGGAAGACAAUAACCAGAUAUGAAUCGUGCUAUUGACACAUCUUAGCUGGUGGCUUAGUUUGAAGAUGGUGGGUAUGUGCGGAAGUCAUCUCAGAAAUAGGGAUCUUGCAAAACCACACACAAUUUGAAAAUGUCUCUUGUGAUUUAAGAACGACGCUAGGCAAUUAUUUUGUUAAAUAAAAGGAUGAAUUGC